AUGGCAACAGCAAAGUACACCCCUGAUGAGCCUCAGCCUAGAAGACAGCAAAAUCUCCAGGAGGUGCUGACAGAAGUGGGGCUGUCUGUUGACUACUGGCUGCCUAAACUUCAAGAAGACCUGGGUGUGACCUGUGCCCAGGCCUUACAACACUUAGACGAAAAAGACCUCCAGAAGCUGAAGUCCCAGACACAACACACAUGGGAGAAAAAGGCCCUAGAGAAGCUUCUUGACCUCUCACAGCCAAAUAGUGUUGCAGAGUUCCAGGAGACUCCAGGACAGAUGAUAAAGAACAGGCAGAGGCAGGCAGGACAGGCACUGCAGGAACUGAGGGCCUUGCAGUCACAAGGGAAGCACAGACAGGAAGAGGCAGUGAGGAGGAAAGAAGCAGAGCUGAGACAAGCAAUGGAGAUCCCUGAAGAGUGCUGGCCUGGACCCGAAGUGCCCCUAAAAGACGUCACUGAAACAAUGGAGAGACAUCUCAGUCACAUAGAACAGACACUGGCAAACAGUGAAAACUUCUCAGAUAGAGACCUGGUAAGAUGGGCAUCUGGAGGGCUGGCCCUUCAGGGAAUUUACAAGACCUGCCACCAAAAGGACCUGGUAACAAGAAGAGAAGGACUGCUCAGAGUCCCCAAGGAAUUCUCCCUUUUUGGACCUGAGCAAGGGAAAUGGAUGGAAACAAAAGAAUUCACAUCUUCCAAAGAAGAAUCCCUGUUCAUUCAAACUUUGGAGAAGCAGGGAUUUAGAGCAAUGAUAUCAGACAAGGGUGGGUGCUGGAGAUUUAGUCUGGAAGAUGGUAUAGAUCAAAGCAAGCAUUCAGGAUCUAAAGACAUUCACCACUCAUAUUCAGAGGAUUCUUAUUUCUGUUCAUCCAAGUUCAGCUAUGUGCCCCUGGCCUCGUUCCACUUUCGAACUGAUCAGCUGCAACUCUCCACUGCUGCACUCAAGGAACUGAAAAUCAUUGAAGAGCAACUGGAACUCACUGAUGGACCAGACAGAUUCCUCUCACUGAGGAACAUGACUGAAAACUUCUUCAACAGAUUUGGUUCUCAUGCUAAUCAAGGUCCUCUGCACCUUGGGGGAAUCUACUGCUGGAAGGCCGUUUCAGAGGGUUUCAGAAGUGACCAGCUGGAUCAUGUGAAAUGGCAUACAGCAGAAGCCUUGAAUAAUUACAUGAGGCAAAGUUCAAGCAGUUUUGGAGGUGAAGUUGGGGGAGAGAUGACAACAUCAGGUUCAUAUUCAAUAAAAUACUGCCAAAAUGUAACUAAUCAACAGCUCCAAAUCCAAGUCCAAUUAUCUGUGGCCCAGAUAGGUGGACCACCCGAAGCAAAUGGAAUUUCUCAGUGGACAAAUGGCCUUCUCAUUAGCAAUAAAACCUGGUCUGUCAUUGACCGAGAACUUCAUCUGGUGCCCAUUUGGGACAUCAUCGUAUCAAAUCACAGAAGCAAUUUUAAGGACCCCUUUCUGGUGGCUAACUGCCUAGAAGAUAACUACUCUGCUCUGACUGGACUUGCUGCCCACAUCCAGGCUGCAGAGUUUCUGGUCUCUGAAAAGGAAGCAGGACUUUUCCUAGAAGAUAUGAAAUCCUGGGAGGUCUCUGACCCUGAAGAGCAGCUUCAAAAGCUACUGAAUUUCAUGCAAACAUUGGCUCACAAAACAAAAGGCUAUGAUAUUUGGAUUAAUAGGUGUCUCACAGAUUUGGACCUGCAGAAUUUUCUUAUAGAUACUGUCAACUUUUGUAAAAAUACAUCUAUUAAAAGGACCCAGUUUAUAAAAUCUCAGUUCUGUAGUCUUCUAGAACCUCAUGUCAACAAAGUGAAAAACUUUCCUCAAGCAAGGUCAAUCAUGCAGUGGAUCUACCAGAAAGACUCAGAGGAACAACAAGUUAAAAUCACUGAAUUGUCUGACUUCCUUAAAAGUUUGAAAGAAAUCCAAAAGGCUCUCAUGAAAGUAAAUAUCAACUCUGAGUUCACAGAAACAGUAGAAGAGGCUCAAAGAAAGGCUACCUGUGAGGUCAUCACAGCUCUUGACUCCUUCUUGAUCUACCUCAGAGAAGCAGAGCAGAAAGAUAUGCAGCUGUUACUACUCUCCAUCGCAGCUGGUGCAGGCUACCAGCUAGAAAGCAGUAUUUUUCAGCCUCUCCUGGGGUAUGCCAAGUUAACCUUUCUUCUGGAUGAAAUACAAACUGUCCAGCACAGAUAUCAGGAACUCAAAACUAUCUGCACUGACAGGGCACAGGCAUUCCUGGUACUCAAAGCUCUGACAACAACAUUUGGGGUCUCAAUCAUUUCUCCAGAAGAAAAGGCACAACGAUUGACAUUAACAAGGAAGUACAUGGAGCACUUACUGUCUACUAAAGUUGCACAUGUCCUCAAAAAAUUUGAAACAGGUCAUGACUGGGAGAAUCUAGAGAAUAAUUUGAGAUUACUCAUUGAUGGGAACUAUGCAGACACUAUCUCUACUUUGCAGAUGGAUGAGGUGAAAAAACAAAGUCUCAACCCUGAAGAAAAAGAGGCUUAUAAUAAACAAGACAAUGAAAACGCACAGAAGGAAAUCAAAGAAAAUGACUCUUUCCUAGCAUUACUCCAACGUCUAGGUCUAGAGCAACACUACAUAAAAAAGAUGAGCAGAGCUGACUUCCAUCUGAUCUAUAAGAAUUCUGUAUACAAUACACAGCCAAGAUCUGAACAGGAACUUCCUUUCUAUUUCCUACAAAAGCUACUGAUGCUGGAUUGUGGGUUCAGACAUCUAGUCUUCAAAAAUGCUGGAAAUGCAGAAGCCCAAAACUCUGUAUAUCCUUGCAACCAGGAAAAUGAGGCUUUUGAUCCAUAUGAAGAGUUGUUUGAUGAUAGAGAUGAAGUCACUAAUCCUUCUGCCUCUGAGUUCCAGUCCCAUAUUCACCCAAUGGACAUCCAGAUGGCCAUUUUUCACUGUGCAGAUGAUCUUGCCAGGCAAUAUAUUUUGUCCAAACUUUCCAUUUGUCAAUUUGCACUCCCCCUUUUGGUGCCAAAUCCUAACACUUCUCAGAUAGAAUUUUCUCUCUGGUCACUAAGACAAAUUAGAAGAAGUUGGCAAGAGUCAAGUAAAUCACCACAGGACAAAAGCUACAGUCACAAGAAUCAGCAGAUGUGCCAAGUCUCUUCCCCCAUUGUGUCCUUCAUUAGGGUUGGAAAUGGCCUCUCUGCUUCCAAGUCUCAGAUCAUGAACUCUCUCCUCAGUAAAAGUAGACAUGAUGUGUUCUUCCAUAGACACUGCAGAGGAAGCCACAAACACUGUCUCCUUAUGGAGGGAGUAGUGGAGAUCUGCUGGUUCUGUCCUGGUUGUCAAGGCGAGGACAUGUUUGACAAGUGUGUCACCUUCACCAAUCUUCAUGGAGAUGCCAAAGAACAUAGGCAACAACUCAGCUUCCUGCAGGAUGUCUCUUCUCUCAUCGUGAUCCUCAUGUCAGCUUCUGAUAAAAACAAAGAAAACCAGAAUCUUGUCAGACACCUCUGUCAGUCAUUGAGACCUCUGAUCUGUUUGAUUGAUGACAAAGAAAAGGCCAUAGCCAAUAAUUCUGGGAAAAGGAUGAAAAUUGGCAUCAGAAAUAUAAAUGAGGCAGAAUUAAGAGAGGAGCUCACAAUCGCCAUCAAAUAUUCUCUAGAACUCUCUGAUACAACUCUCAGUUUAGAGGACUGUUCAAAGAUAGCAAAAAAACAAGGAUUUCUGAUUGAUGAAGAUAAAAGAGAGAUAAGGGAAAAUAAAGAAAAGGCACAGACUAUAAUGGACUUUCUGAAGCUAUUAAAGUUACCUGACAUAAAAGAAAACUUGCUUCCCCUUCAGGGACAACUUUGGCAUCAUUGGUGUAAGAAGGACAAGGAACUCUAUCAUCUGAGAGAAAAGGGGAAUCUGAGCAUUGAACAACACAAGAGUGAGAUUGAGGAAGAAAAACAGGAAAUACGAUGUCAGCAGUUUUAAAAGGCCUUUCCUCUCAACCAUUUAAUGGUUUCUGUCCUAGAAAUUCUCAAGGAAGAUUUAGAAAUUUACCGCAAACUCUAUUUCCUACACUGGUUAAGUGUGGGUUUGGAAAACCUAACCUCUGUACACUUAGAGAAUUUGCAUGCAAAGCAACAAUCUUUGUGGACAGUGUUACAGGAAGAAAAGCAAAAGGCACCGAAAAGUAGCUCCCAGAGGCAGAAACAGAUAGAAGCCAUCUCUACUGAGAUUCUUAACUGUACUUUAGGAGUUGAGCAUGUUCUCCGAGAAGUUGGCCAGAUCUAUGAAGCUCUGAAAGCAACUUCCUCCUCCAGAGAUAGCCUUUUCCUCUGCCUCCCCCAAAUAGCUGCAGACCUGAUGGUAGCUGGUGUUCCCAUUGAGCUCAUGGAUGGGGAUGCUUCAUAUGUGCCUGUAAAGUGGAUGGCAGCUGUCUUGGACAAGAUCUCAGAGAAAGUUGGAGAUAAAAGGCUGUUUGUUCUCUCUAUCCUUGGUCUGCAGAGCUCAGGAAAGUCCACCCUACUGAAUACCCUGUUUGGGCUCCAGUUCACAGUCAGCGCAGGCAGAUGUACAAAGGGGGCCUAUAUGCAGCUCCUGAAGGUGGAAGAAACAUUCACAGAAAAGCUUGGUUUUGAUUUUGUUCUUGUUGUAGACACAGAAGGACUUCGGGCUACAGAACUCAACACCAAGUCCCAGAAUCGAGACAAUGAGUUGGCUACAUUUGUCAUUGGCCUUGGAAACUUGACUCUGAUCAAUAUUUUUGGGGAGAAUCCAUCAGAGAUGCAGGACAUCCUUCAAAUAGUUGUCCAGGCCUUUCUGAGAAUGAAACAAGUGAAAAUCUCCCCCAGUUGCUUCUUUGUCCAUCAGAAUGUAGGGGAAGUAACAGCAAAAGACCAAACUAUGGAAGGACGAAGGAGACUGGAGCAGAGACUGGAUGAAAUGACUGCAUUAGCUGCUGAACAGGAAGAGUGCUCAAAUAUCACCUGCUUCAACGAUGUCAUUAAGUUUGAUGUCAAUACUCAUGUGUACUACCUUGCUCACCUCUGGAAUGGCAAUCCCCCAAUGGCUCCUCCCAAUCCUCUCUAUAGUCACAAUGUCCAGGAACUAACGAAUAGUAUUCUUUUAACUGCCCAGCAGGAAUCCAGAGGAAGGAUCAUGAAAAUCUCAGAUGUCAAAUUUAGAGUUCAAGAUUUGUGGAAAGCCCUGGUCACUGAGAACUUCAUUUUCAGUUUCAGGAACACCAAAGAGGUAAUAGCCAUGAGUAAACUGGAAACCAUGUAUAACCACUGGACUUGGGAGCUGAGGCAUCAUGUGCUGGAAUUACAGAAUCAGCUGAACAAUCAGAUUCAAAAUGGGAAAACCUUGAGACUCACAACUAAUGAACUGGAAAGUCCAAUUAAUAAGAAAUAUGAAACCAUCAAACAAGAAUUUAACAAAUAUUUUGAAGAAGACACAGAUAGGGAAACAUUGAUUCAAUGGAAAGCAAGUUUUGAACAUAAGCUACUAGUUCUUAGAGAUACACUUAUUUCAGAUACCAGAAGGAAAGGCAAUGAACUCAUCAGUCUCAGACAAAGUCAAGAAAGACUAGAUAACCAAAAGUCACAGUAUGAAAAUGAAUUAUUAGAGAGGAGCCGAAGGUUGGCUUUAGAUGUGAAAGGUAAAGAAUUGAGUGAUGAAGAGUUGCAUGAGAAAUUCAAUCAACUUUGGACAAAUUGGAUCGACAGUGUGUCUUUGACUGUACCUCCUGUCAAAGAGCCUGACAUUGAUUUGGAUUUUGAAAAUAUCCUUCUGGAGUAUUUUAAGAAAGAGAAAAACUUUGUGGAAAGACUGAAAGUAAAGUCUGGAGAGGAGUUUGAAAUCAAUUAUUCUAAGCAUGUCCAAAUGAAAAAAAAGUAUAUGAUAUGCUCAAAGAAUUUAGAAACCUGUCAUCAAGAGUCCAUUAAUAAGACUACUAAUAACAUUUAUUCAAGAAAGAAUGAAACAAUAAAAAACAUUUGGAAGCAAAAGCGUGAUUACAGUCAGAAUGAUUUUCAUGAAAUCCUGAGGAUAAUAGAAAAUGAACUGAAAUCUGUUCCCCCAGAGGAAGACUACACAUUUACAAGAGACUACACCAUUGACUUAUCCUUGUGCUUAUUCCAAGGAGCAUCUAAAAGUUUCAAGGAAAUGCACAAGGCAUUCAAGAAAGCAAAUGAUCCUGUGAACUAUCUGGAGAGCAAGAAAGAUGAUUUCUUCUUGAGUUUUAAGAUCUCCUGCCAAGGUGCCACCUCCAUCACAUCCUUUGUUGACUUCCUGUGGCUCAAGCUCACUCCUGCUAUCUAUGACACCGUAUGGGUAACAAUGGGUCUUAAAGUAGCUGGGGACAUUCGAGCCACAUGCCCUGCAUUCAAUGGAAACAGAGCUAACCUGGAGAAUCAUAUUCUCUAUUCUCUAGCUGAAGAAGAAAACUUUGAUAAGUAUUGGCAAUACAUUCAUCAGCCAGAAUCCUUCUUUAGGGAUUACAUUAGUGAACACAUUAGAAAAUACUGUUCAGAAAAAGAAGGUAAAAAAAUUAAGACCUCUUUAAAAAUAAGUUUAGGUGACAUCAAGAAUGCCAUCCUCUCUGCCAUUCAUGAGUCCACAGCAGUAGCUAAAGAUAAAACCAGCACUGCUUCUGACUGGUUGGAUUCAUUCUGUGAUCACCUAGGGAGCAACCUGAUCUUUCCAAGAAGAAACCUGAUAAGCAUCGAGCACCAGGAGAUAAAGGAUAGUGAGUUUCUCAAAGAAGCCAUGAGUGCAGCUUUGGAUCCUGCAAUGAGGAAAGUAGAAGAGGACUGCUCAGGGAGGCUCAUAGAUGAAAUGGUUCCUGACAUUGAGAAAAUUCUCUCUGAGCAUCUCUGUGGCUGCUGGAAGCAGUGUCCUUUUUGUAAAGCAAUUUGUACAAACACUGUUCCCUCACAUGAAGGAGACCACAGUGUGCCUUUCCACCGCCCUAAGGCUGUCAAUGGUUGGUAUUAUCAUAAAACAGACUACUUUGUCACUAACAUCUGUACUACUUCUGUAGCAAGUGAUCGUUCAUUUAUUUUAGAUGACCUCCAGACAUUCCCAUACAAGAAAUAUCGAGAAGCAGGAGAUAAUUUUGCUACAUGGAGCAUCACACCAGACUCAUCUAGCCAGCCAUAUUGGAAGUGGUUUAUCUGUCACUUCAGAUCAGAACUAGAAGAGAAAUAUGGAAAAAAAUUUACAAAUUUAGGUACUAUUCCAGAUUCAUGGAACAAAAUCACAAAGCAAGAAGUACUUAAUGACUUGGAAAAUAAUUGCAAAAGUAUAAAACUGGAAAAUUUCAUAUUAACUAAGGGAACCUAAUACCAAUUUAGGUGAAGGUGGCUCCUUCAAGAUUGUAGCUUAUAAAUGAAGUAUGUAAAUUUAAAUAAGUUACUAUUUCAAGACCUGAAGAUUUACUAAUAUACAGAUUUUUUUGGUUUUCCAGGCAGAGACUAACAGAUCUCUGAGUUGGAGGCCAGCCUGGUCUAUAGAUUCAGUUUCAGGACAGACAAGCUUAGGGAGUAAAAGGCAGAAAGCUAGUGAUGAUAUAAUUAAAAAAGUAGGCCAUAUUCUGGCUUUAGAAUGAAGGAUAGAAGAAAUGGGUUAUGUAAUUUGUCUCUGUGCCGGUAUAAAGCCACUGAAGACAGGCAUGUGUCAGGGAUGUCCCUAAAUAGGGGCCUAGUAGAAAGGCAUAUUUGUCAAGUUGAAGCUGGAUUGCCUUGAAGAACCCAAAAUGUUAGAGUUACCAGAAUUGUGGAAUACCGGCUGAUGAGAGCUGUUAACAGAGAGUAGAACCAGUCCAAGGGAAGGAAGUAUGUUGCAGUAAACAAAGCCGAACUGACUUGGAGAUCUUGAGAGCAUUUUGACACCAGAUAUGGAGAUGAAGAGUUUGGAGUUUCUGUCUUUCUUUGGUCUAGUACUUCCUCACUGUGCUCCCUUCCCCAGGUUUUGGAAUGAUAAUGUAUAUCCUGUGCCAUUAUAUAUUGGAAGUAUGUGGUCUACUAUUUGAUUUUGAUUUUUAUAAAUUAUAACAGUUAAGAGAUUUCUUGAAUCUCAGAAGAGACUAUGAACUUUGGUCUUUAAAACAUUGUUGAUACUGAUAGACUAUGGAGUCUUUUGAAGUUGGACUAAAUGAUUUUUGUAUUACGUUGUGGUUGCAAGCUUAUGGGGGUCAGGGAGUAGAAUGUGGAAGUAUGAAUCUGACUGGCCCUCAUAAUUCCACAGGGAGUGGCACUAAUAGGAGGUGUAGCUUUGUUGGCGUUGGCAUAGCCUUUUUGGAGGAAGUGUGUCACUGUUGGGGUGAGCUUUCAGGUUCCUACACUCGGGAUACCACCUAGUGUUUCAGUCAAUUUCCUGUUACCUGUAAGAUAUAACACUCUCCACUACUCCUGCCCCACAUGCUCUCCAUCAUAAUGACAAUGGACUGAAUCUCUGAAUUGUAAGUGAGUCACCCCAAUUAAAUGUUUCCUUAUAAAAGUUUCCAUGGUCAUGGUAUCUGUUCACAGCAAUAGAACCCCUAAGACAAUAGCUGACCUCAGUGUAACAACCUUCAUUGAGAAUAAGAAUUCCAAAGCAGAGAAAUUUAAGAAGACUCUGCUCUGGAAAAGAAUAACGCAGAUUUGAUCAGGAGAAAGCCAUGUCUUCAGAAAAUAUUA